UUUGUCAAAGCUUUGUUGAUUACGAAUUUCAUUGUGCAUUUUGCAACUGCGUGCAAGUGAAAAACUUUCCAAUUUUAAGUGUUUGGGUCAUCAUAUCGCACACAAUGGUUAAACUAGCUGUGAAACUUCACUAACUUACGUUAAUAUUGCAAAGGUAUUACUGUAGGGUUCACGAAUCGUGUAAAGCAAACAUAUUCGUCAUCCAUGUAAACCUAGCCCCUGUGACAGAACCAAAGUAAAUAGCAAACGAGGGAGGGGAUUACUGUUUUACCUUUUUGUGAAAGGUGUCAUCAGAGGAAUCAUCAAAACAAAGAAAUUUGAUUUCGUUCUCAAGUACUAAAAUCCACUAAAAUGGAAACCGAAAAUAUCGAGGAAAUAUUCAUGCAGCAUGGCGUCACACUGAAAAAGGCUAGCGCCACUUAUCUAUCGGCAUUUAAUACCGAGGGAGUGUUAUCGUUUAAUCGGUUUUUAAAGGGUGACCUGCAUUUCUUUGAAUGGAAACAGACUGAGCCAUGCGAAGUUUUGGAUACCGAAUGCCAAGACAGUGGUUGGUCUCUGGUAGAUACGAUUGAAUCUACUUCGUCAAUUCCAAUCCAACCAACAGAUGAGGAAUCCAGUAAUGCUAAUGAUGUAAAUUGGACCUCUGAAAAUGAGAAGAAAAACAACUCAAAAAUUUCCAUCCAAGUUCUUUUUCGCGACUUGAAAGCAGUCGAGUUUGGCAAGAACGAGCUUCGAUUUUAUAACCAAGAUUUAUCUAUACACAGUCUGUAUCUGUUUCAUCACGGAUCUCCGCACUCAUUCGUGGACUUUCUCGAACGGAAACGAUUCAUCAGAAAAAGUGCUCGCCGAAAGCAGUUCUUCCACUGUCUGCCAGAGGCAGAAACCGACAAACUUCAGAGAUCCUUCUCGGAACUAAACAUCGAAGAUAUCAGAAAUCGUCCACGUGCUAAUCCGUACAUCGAUUUUGUGUCCAGACUGGCCAGUGUUCAACAAAUUUUACCUUUGGGUAGGCAACCGGAGUCAGACUUCAGAAUACGAAAUAGUCCCCAGAGUGAAACGGAAACCGGUGAUGACAGUAAUGAAAACGAAACAGUCCACUGUGUUGAAAGCUCGAAUAAAACUAGUAGAAAGUUGGUACCGAGACCUCCGGCUCAACGUGGUUCACCAUUGGAUGCCUCGAUGUGGGCAGAGUUUCGUUCUGCCAACGGGUCCAUCAUCGAUCCAGAUGAAGUGAAAAAUAUUAUUUUUCGGGGGGGUAUUACUGACGAUAUCCGUGCUGAGGUGUGGAAAUAUCUACUUGGUUUGGAUAUUUGGGAACAUUCUACCGAUCAACGGGAUGAACGAAGAGGAGCUAAAACCCAGGAAUACUUUCAGAUGAAACUACAGUGGCUGACUAUCACUUCUGUCCAAGAGCAAAACUUCACCGGUUAUCGGGAACGAAAGUGUCAGAUCGAAAAGGAUGUCAAACGAACCGACCGAACAUACGACUUUUUCGCUGGAGACGACAAUCCCAAUCUUGCAAAACUGUCGGAUAUUUUGAUGACCUACGUUAUGUACAAUUUCGAUCUUGGUUACGUGCAGGGGAUGAGCGAUUUAUUGGCACCAAUUUUAAGUUUGGUGCAUAACGAAGCAGAGAGUUUCUGGUGCUUUGUUGGCUUUAUGCAGAAAGUAUUCAGCAACUUUGAUAUCGACCAAAAGGGUAUGAAACAACAGCUGGAACAUUUGCGUACGCUACUGGCCUUUGUGAACGAGGACUUGUUUAACUAUCUAAAAGAAAAUCAGUCGGAAAAUAUGUAUUUCUGCUUCCGUUGGCUGUUGGUAUGGUUCAAACGAGAGUUUUCCAACAAAGAUAUAAUGCAGCUAUGGGAAGUGCUUUGGUCCGGCCAGCCUUGCCCGAAUUUCCAUCUAUUCGUUUGCGUGGCUAUACUCGACCAGGAAAUGGACGUCUUCAUCAGUCAACAGUACACUUUCACAGAAAUCCUCAAGCAUGUGAACGAGCUGUCGGGUAAUCUGAACUUGUUAGCAGUUCUUGAGCAGGCAGAAAGCAUUUACCUUCAGGUGAAAAAGACGCUGGAUACAUCCAAAGAGCCCCAUGUGGAACUAAAGAAGCUAAUUGGCGAGGAAGUUAGUCCGAACGGAGCCGGUAGUACGGCAAGUGACGAAUACGAGGAUGGUUGCAUGCCAAUGGUUAAGGAAAAGUCUAGCGACGACGAGGAAGUGUUGCAACGAAAAGUAGACGAAGCUUGCGAUCUAUCAAUGAGCUAUGCGUUCUUCUAACGUGACCGACAGAAGUGACGAGACGAAGCAGAAAUAAUACUGCUAAGCUACUGCUUUUAGUUUGUAGGUUACAGUUGAAAAAUAACUUGAGUGCUUAUGAAGCCGGUUUAUUUCGAACAUUUCAGGAAAUUGGUGACGAUCGUUGUUUUUGUAAAAAUCUGUAAUUUUGUAUAUUCUGUACAGUGGUGUUUAUAAAAGUUAUUUUCAACAA